UGAGGACUGCUUUUACUUUGGGCGAGGGCCGCACAACUUGGACGCAUGCGCGGCUCCAGGACCCACCUGUCCCGUGGACUGUAGGGAUACGACUCAACCGGCGCCCUUUCUCCCCCGGUUUUUCGAUACGACCCCGUGGGUCGGGGCCUUGAGCGAGCAGCUGCUGCUGUCUCAGGUCGGUUUCCUGGCAAGGACGUGGCAUGGUCGUUCUCUGUGUUCACUUGUUGAGGGAAGAGUUGGCUCGCCUGUUUCACAACUUUUCCAGGGCUGCUGGUGUUUUUCCCAGAUGCGUUAAGAGGUUCCCGACAUAACUAUCCGGUAACGAAGAAGGCUGCGCGUGUCAAAGCACAGAGUCUCUGUAAAGCACCCCCUCGACCCCAGAUCUCGGAGACGGGCGGAUUUAAUAGUUUAAUGUUUGCUGAGAGACAGCAUGAUUCCGUUCCUGUUUCUGGAUGUCGGACAUUCGCGUCUAGUUUAUUUCUUAAAUAGGAAUAACGGCACCAUUGGCUCACCAAAUGAGACAUACUGUUACGGCACUGCACGUGAAAGUACUGUACUUCAAGGUGUAACUUUUGGUGGUGUGCCUACUGUCCUGCUGCUUGAUGUAACUUGCUUUUUGAUUUUAAUCUUGGUGUUCUCUAUUGUAAGGAAAAGAUUCUGGGAUUAUGGUCGUAUUGCACUUGUGUCGGAAAAAGAGAGUGAAACAAGAUUUCACAAAUUAUCUUCUUCCUCAUCACUGUCUGAUGACUUGGACCCUGACACGGGGUUUUGUUCUUGGAUGACAGCUGCCUUUCGAAUGCAUGAUGAAGAGAUUCAUGAAAAAUGUGGGGAUGAUGCCAUUCAUUAUCUCACCUUUCAGCGCCACCUCAUCUGCCUGUUGAUUGUUGUCACCAUAUUGUCUUUGUGCAUCAUACUUCCUGUUAAUCUGUCAGGUGACUUACUUGAGAAAGAUCCUUAUAGCUUUGGGAGGACUACUAUAGCCAACUUAAAAACUGACACCAGUCUUCUCUGGCUUCACACAAUGUUUGCUGUUAUCUACCUGAUUUUGACAGUCCUCUUCAUGAAACAUCACAGAAAAUCUAUCACAUAUAAAGAAGAAGACCUAGUAAAGCACACACUGUUCAUAACUGGCCUUCCAAAAAGUGCCAAGAAAACAAACCUAGAAAAUCACUUCAGUGAAGCGUAUCCAACCUGCAGUGUGCAAGAGGUCAACUUAUGUUAUGAUGUAUCGAGACUUACCUAUCUGUACACAGAGAGAAAAAAGGCAGAGAAAAGUGCAGCAUAUUAUACACACUUACAUCAGAGAUAUGGAAAACGGUUUCUCAUAAACCCCAAACCACUUGGCCAGUUGUGCUGUUGUGAAGUCAGAGGCUGUGAAAAGGACGAUGCUAUAGAUUACUACACCAGAGUUUCUAACAAAUGUUUGGAAGAAUAUUUGAAAGAGGAGCAGGUAGUUUAUGAUAAGCCACUGGGAAUGGCUUUCGUAACAUUCCAGGAGAAAUCCAUGGCAACAUAUAUUUUAAAAGAUUUCAAUGCCUGUAAAUGUAAAGGUUUUAAAUGUAAAGAACCGCCCCAGCCAUCAUCCUUCAGCAAAGAACUAUGCGUUUCGAAGUGGCAUGUUGCCUAUGCUACCUAUCCACAGAAUAUUUGCUGGACUAACCUCUCAGUUCAAGGCCUGAAUUGGUGGUUUCGGUGGAUUUGUAUAAAUUUGCUGCUUUUUCUUGUGCUCUUUUUCCUGACCACACCUUCCAUCAUUAUUUCAACUAUGGAUAAGUUCAAUGUAACCAAGCCUAUUCAUUAUCUUAAUAAUCCUGUUGUUAGCCAGUUCUUCCCUACAGUCCUUCUGUGGUCCUUUUCAGCUUUGCUGCCAACACUUGUCUAUUUCUCAACCCUGUUGGAAUCGCACUGGACAAAGUCUGGUAAAAACAGAAUAAUGAUGCAUAAAAUCUACAUUUUUUUGAUUUUCAUGGUGUUAAUCCUGCCUUCACUUGGUUUAACCAGUCUGGAUUUCUUCUUUCGUUGGUUGUUUGACAGAGCAUCUACUGAUUCUACAGUCAGACUAGAGUGUGUAUUCCUACCGGAUCAAGGAGCCUUCUUUGUGAAUUAUGUGAUUGCAUCAGCUUUCAUUGGUAAUGGAAUGGAGCUGCUGCGUUUGCCAGGCCUUAUCCUUUAUAGCUUUCGCAUGAUGUUGGCCAAAUCUGCUGCUGAAAGAAAAAAUAUUAAGCAGCAUCAAGCAUACGAGUAUGAGUUUGGAGCAAUGUAUGCCUGGAUGUUAUGUGUGUUCACAGUCAUCAUGGCCUACAGCAUCACAUGUCCCAUUAUUGUACCAUUUGGAUUAAUCUAUAUGUUGAUGAAGCAUACAGUUGACCGCCACAAUCUGUACUAUGCAUAUCUCCCUGCUAAGCUAGAGAGGCAGAUUCACUUUGCAGCCGUGACUCAGGCCCAUGCAGCUCCAAUUCUUUGCCUGUUUUGGCUGCAUUUUUUCUCUUUUUUGAGAUUAGGUUUUAGAGCACCUACAACAGUAUUUACAUUCCUGGUUGUCAGUAUAGCUAUUGUUAUUUGCGUAGUUUCCACUUGUUAUGCCUGCCUGAAAUACCUGAGCCCCCUCAAUUACAAGCUAGAAGACUCGCCCACUGAAAAAGGAAGUGAAACGGAUUUAGUAGCUCGAAAAAUUUCUGAAUAUCUGCCCCAUGUUUUGAUUACCAGUUCUACGGAAAGGACAAAUCUUUUGCUCCUGGGGAUGCUGAACUAUGGUGCUAUGGGAAAGACCACCUCAGAUAUGAGGGAGGUCAAACUCUCUCUUUGUGAGGAAACAGUCAUUGGAGAGUGCAGUGCAAAGACAGAAGACCACCACGCAUCUUACUUUGAAGAAAGUGUCUUUGGGGAGACGUAAAUGUGUGUGUUUCAGUGUCGAGGACUAACACAAGAUGGCGCUCUUGGUCCUGAUUCAGAAGAAAAGAUUCCACUGAAACAAGUUUUCAAGUCUUGUCCCUCAGAAGUAGGUUUGAUAAGACUAUUCAAGAAGGGCUCAGUUGCAGUACAGAGUUGCCAUCUGGGACUGUUCACUUUUUAAGUCUUUACAAAAAUUGAAGCAUAGGUAUAUUGAACAAAAGUGCCCAGAAAAGCUACUUUGGGUGUAUUAAUGUUAGAUCACUGUAGCCAAAAGAGUCAUCAAAACAAAGCAUCUGUCUUUUUUUUAACUUAUCCCCCCUGAAUUUUAACCAGUGGUGGGUGUCUGUCAAACUCUUGAUUAAUCCCAGGCAACUUCUGCUUCUGUGUGAAAACAAGCAUAGGAAAAGCUAAGAAAAUAUAGUCUGGAGAAUAUAGUACAAUGUUCUGCCAGUACCUUAUAUUUCCAGAGUAGAUAGGACCAUUUCUCUUUCUUAAAAAAAAAAAGAGAGAGAGAGGAUUUCCUGUGAGGAUGUGCCAAAACUUGGGGACUUAGUGUGAGAAAGUAUUUAUCUGAAAACCUUUAAGUGUAGAUUACAUUUGUUUUCUGCUCACUGUUUGAAGGACCUCACACACAGGGAAGUUUACUUGACAAGCAAUAAAUGAUGUAAAUUUUUAUCAUUUUUAAUCUCUCUGGUUAUAAAAGGAUAAAUGUCUGCUUUAAGUGCCAAGAGUAUCACAAAUGUAUGAAGUAUUAAACUGUUUUUAAAUUAUGAAGUAGGUAUAAAUUUCUGCAAAAGACAAAUUGAAUCCAAGCAUAAAUUAAGUAAGCACAUUCAAUAAAACACUGAAUUCA